AAUAACAAAAAAGAAGAAUUAACACUCUCAAAAAUGGGCAGCUCUUUGAUGAUACGAGUCGUGGAGAUGCAGCGGAAGAAGAGGGAGAAGAGUAGCAAGAAGAUGAGGUCGAGCACGAGCCACCUUGGGAGCAGGACGAGCCAGUCUAUGCCUGGCUUGAUGUUUUAUUUACGCUAUUUCAUUUACACUUGCGUAUUUUUGGUAAUUUUCUAUAUUAUUUUGAGUCGAGCAUAAUUUAUAAGCUCCGUCCGCAUUAUUUUGCUUGUUCUUCCACGAAACGUCUACUAUCAAAAGUAUUAUUUUUCUCUCAAAGACUUGCCAAAACUAUGAUUUCUCUUAAACCCUAGUUCAUCUUCGUCGUUAGCCUCUCGGCUCUCAUGACAGUUUUUCAUUGUUUAAUAAUUGUGAUAUCGUGUUUUCUUGGAGUUCUUGGCUGGUUGGUUGGAGAGAAACACAGCGACACGAGCUUUGAUCGUAUCAUCAGGUGUUUUCAUCUGUUUUCAUGUCACCAAAUACAUUGGGGAUGCCAAUUUUGGAGGAGAUUCCGGCAGCCAGGGGCGAAUGCAGAAAUAAUUAUCGAUAGGGAUUGAGAUUCCUAAACUUUAUUUUGAUGUAUAUUUUUGAGUAAUUAGAUAUUUGUAGGGGCUUUUACAUUAUAACUUACAAUAAAUUUGACUAAAUUUAAAAAAAAAAUAGAAAAACGUAAAAAAAAAUAUUUCAUUGAGGGCUUAAGCCCUUACCCCUUUCACUUUGGGUCCGCCCAUGGCGGCAGCCACGUCGGAAGAUAAGUCUAUGGUGCACAAUCAAUUGGAGCAAGAACAUAUUAACCGUAAAAAAAGAAAGAAAAGAAAAACAAACUCAAAAGUAAGAUCUUUCAUACAUUAGGUUAUUAAAGUCAUCUUCCACUUUAUAAUCAGAAAAAGAGGAUACUUACUAGUUUUACCUUCGUGUAAAACAAUUGCGCGCCAUUUUUUAAAAAUUUAAUUCGCCCAUAAAAUUUAGUCUAUAUCUAUUUAUACUAUUAAGUUUUUCUAAAUAAGGUGAGUUCCAUUUUAUACUUAUAGUAUCAUAAAUUAAUAAACUACUAUCAUCCCAUAUAAACUUAAUAAAUUAUUGAAACUUAUUUUCACAGUUAUUUAUUCAAACUUUGAACAUUACUUAAAUUUAUGUUAAUAAGAACAGAAUCCAAAUCGAAACUGGGUCUGGUAACGGGCCAAGUUGAUUUGGGCCCAAUGCUUAAAUUAUAAUUCAAGCCCAAUUUCACUCCCACAUAUGGCAGCUCACCCACUUCGCACGGGCUACGCUUGGAGUAACGCUCCGCUGCAGCGCGUGCGAUAAGAUUUCGCCCCACACUUGAAAUAGCGCAGAUAUUUUAACUGAAAAAUUCAACGCACUUGCAACUGAUUCACCAAGCUGGACGUUGGUGGAGAUCUCUUCCCGCCAUCAACUCACCGGAAACCGCCAAACCAUGGAGUUCCCUGCGGCGGCGAUCUCCGUGGCGGUGGCGCUAUUCAUUUUGUUCGCAUCUACCGCCGUUUAUUCAGCUCAGGACUUCGACAUCGCCUCGCAGCUCCGCUCCAAGUCAUCCAACGCAGCCGGUCUUUGCGCUAAUGUCAUCGAGCCUUCUGGAUUCCCUUGCACCGAACACACUACUCGGACAAAAGAUGGAUAUGUUUUGGGACUUCAGCGUGUUACGUCUCAUUCUGUAGCUGUGCAUAAAGGGGCACCUCCGGUUUUGCUCAUUCAUGGACUUUUUAUGGGAGGUGAUGCAUGGUUCUUGGAUUCCCCAAAUCAAUCCUUGGGUUUUAUACUUGCCAACCGUGGUUAUGAUGUGUGGGUUGGUAAUGUACGUGGAACACGUUGGAGUCAUGGUCAUGUAUCUCUGUCAGAGGAAGAUAAGGAUUUCUGGGAUUGGAGUUGGCAAGAGCUGGCUCUUCAUGACCUGGGAGAAAUGAUUCAUUACAUAUAUUCAACUACAAAUUCCGAAGUAUUAGUUGUCGGACAUUCACAGGGAACAAUCAUGUCUCUGGCGGCCUUAACUCAACCAUAUAUAGCAAAAAUGGUUAAGGCUGCUGCACUUCUCUGUCCUAUAUCAUACCUGGAUCAUAUCACUGCUCCUUUUGUUCUGAAAUUAGUUAAAAUGCGUCUAGACGAGAUAAUUCUGGCAUUGGGAAUUCAUGAGCUCAAUUUCAAAAGUGAAUGGGGCACUCGCAUCAUGGAUAUGAUGUGUGACGGACAUCUGGACUGUGCUGACAUGCUUUCUUCAGUUACAGGGGAGAAUUGCUGCUUCAAUAGCUCACGAAUUGAUUCCUAUCUUGAAUAUGAGCCUCACCCAUCAUCCUCAAAGAACUUGCACCAUCUUUUCCAGAUGAUCCGUGAGGGAACCUUCGCGAUGUAUGACUAUGGAGUGUGGAAAAAUUUAAUGUACUACAAGCAGUGGAAGCCACCAGCAUUUGAUGUCAGCUCCAUCCCUAGUUCAUUGCCGAUCUGGAUGGGAUACGGAGGCAAUGAUGCAUUAGCAGAUGUCGCAGAUGUGCAGCGUACAAUCAAGGAAUUGGUAUCAAAACCUGAAUUGCUCUAUCUUGAAAACUACGGACACAUAGAUUUCCUUUUAAGCACGAAAGGCAAGGAAGAUGUUUACGACAGUAUGCUUUCUUUCUUUAGCUCAUUAGCAAAAUCUAGCUCUUAUUGAGCUCAUAUGUAUGUCUACUACUAUUUCUAUGUUGUAAAUUGUAGUACUACAUUUUAUACUACUCUACACGUGUGUUGUACAUACGGGAUCCACGGUUAUCCACUUGGCUAGGUAUUGUGAGCCGGGUUAGGAUUCAGAUUCGGAUUCGGAUUCGGAGUUAUCCAGGUAACCGGGUCUUAUAAGACUCUUAUUGGGACUCUAUGUAAUACAAGGAUUCGUACUUGUUUUUCAUAGUAAAUAUCCCUUUGCUGCGUAA